GAAAACAAAUGGCGCAGAGGUAGUAGAUUAAACCGUGAUCCAUUAAAAAUCAUUUAAUCAGACCAAAGACGCCGCCACCGUGACGUCCGUCGACGCUUUAAUGACGAUGAAGCGACAGUCGGCGGUGUGAGCCACAACAACGAGGUUCUCCGCAGGGUUCUCUGGUUCAUGACCUGACCUCCUGACCUCCUGACCUCACCAUGAGUUCCAGAACAUGUGUGACAUGUGGAGGUACCGAUGUGGACGUGGACCAGGCCCGUGGCAGCGCCGUCUGCACCAGCUGCGGCUCAGUGCUGGAGGACAACAUCAUCGUCUCCGAGGUUACCUUUGUGGAAGGCAGUGGGGGCGUGUCCUCGGCCGUGGGACAGUUUGUGUCCGUGGACGGUCCAGUCAAAACUCCUCACCUUGGUUCUGGUUUUCAUAACAGUGUUGGAAAAGAAUCCAGGGUCCAGACACUGCAGAAUGGGAGGCGCCAGAUUCAGCAGCUGGGCAGUCAGCUGCAGCUGAACCAACACUGUCUCGACACGGCCUUUAACUUCUUCAAGAUGGUCGUCACCAAACAUCUGACCCGGGGGAGAAAGAUGGAACACGUCAUCGCUGCCUGUCUGUACCUGGUGUGUCGCACCGAGGGGACGCCGCACAUGCUGCUAGACCUGAGUGACCUGCUGCAGGUCAACGUCUACAUCCUGGGAAAAACCUUCCUGUUUUUGGCUCGUGAACUCUGCAUCAAUGCUCCGGCCAUUGACCCGUGUCUCUACGUCCCCCGGUUCGCCCACAUGUUGGACCUGGGCGUGAAGACCCACGACGUGUCCAUGAUGGCUCUGCGUCUGGUCCAGAGGAUGAAGAGAGACUGGAUUCACACUGGGAGACGACCAGCUGGACUCUGUGGAGCAGCUCUUCUGGUCGCGGCCCGAAUGCACAAGUUCCGUCGAACAGUGAAGGACGUGAUCGGUGUGGUGAAGGUCUGCCAGACCACCCUGAGGAAGAGGCUAACAGAGUUUGAGGACACGCCCACCAGUCAGCUGACCAUUGAGGAGUUCAUGCAUGUGGACCUGGGCCAGGAAUGUGACCCCCCUUCUUUCACCGCCGGGCAACACAGGACCAGAAUGCAGCAGCUGGAACAGGAACUGUCCAAGAAGCUGGACGAGGUCAAAGGAGAGAUCUCCUCCUACAAAGACCAGAUAGAGACGGAGCUGGAGAAAAGUCAACCCAAACUCAGAGGGAUCUACGCCGCCUACGCCAAACAGGCCGACCCAGGUGACCCGGAGGUUCUACUGGCUUCUGAGUCUGAGGAGGCGGAGCUAGAGGCGGCGGCGCACCAGCUGACCCAGGACUUCCUGUGUCAGAUGAUGCAGGAGGACAAGGGCGGAGACAGAGGGUCUGAGGACGAUCCACCAGGGGCGGGGCCAGAAGUAGAGGGGGAGGAGUCCGUUCACCAGAUUGCUCCUCUUGAUGCUGUCUUGGGGAAGUUAACAGGCCCCGUGACCUUUGACCUCCACCAGACCUUUGACACCUCUGAGGACGUGGGCUCAGACCCUGGAGAGCUGGACCUGAGUGGUAUCGAUGACCAGGAAAUUGAGAAGUACAUCCUGAACGAGCACGAGGUCCAGGUGAAGACGGAGCUGUGGAUGAAGCAGAACGCAGACUACCUUCAGGAGCAGAGAGAAAAAGAAGAGAAGAUCAAGAUUGAGAAGGAACAAGGAACAUACAAGGAGAAGAAGAAGAAGAAGAAGAAGACGACGACCACCGUGGCCGGAGAGUCCACCACGGCGCUGACGGCGGGCGAGGCCAUCGAGAAGAUGUUGGUGAAAAAGAAGAUUUCCAGUAAAAUUAACUACGAAGUUCUUAGAGAUCUCAAUAGCAGGGGGGGGACCAGCGCCCCCUGUGGACAAGAGUCUGCCCACACCCACUCACAUAAACCACUCCCGUCCCGCCGUCGACGUCAAAGACAGUCCAAGAACCCUGAGGACCAGGACCUGGACACCAACGCCAGUGUUAUGGCUAAGAGGAUUCGUCUUCUCAUUUCAACGACGAAGAAGAAGAAGAGGAAAAAGGAGGCGGGGCCUCAGGUUGACAAGUCUGCUGACACAGACCAGCCACAGCCUGUCUCUAUGACAGCACAAGUCCAGGCCCCGCCCCCUGACCCUGAACCACAGCCCAGUCCCAGACUCACAGAGGCUCCGCCCACUGUAGAGGAGGAGGAGGAGGAGGAGGAGGAGUGUGUCAGUGCUCUGAAGAUGGUUGAAGAUUACGGCUGUGAUGAGGAGGAAGUCUUCUGACCAGGGUCAGGGUGAGGUCAUCUAAACGUUGGUUGUCACUGGUUACUGGUUUGUCACUGGUUACUGGUUUGUCACUGGUUACUGGUUUGUUACUGGUUUGUCACUGGUUUGUCUGCUUUUAUGGUUGAACUUUUUUGUUUGUUUCACUUUGAUGUUAAAAAACAUUCCAUCAAAAUAAAGUUUUUUAAAAAAA